AUGGCACCUCAUCUAUCCCCGGCGAAACAUUCGGGGCCUCAAUCCUUCCUAGAGGCCCCAAAUAACUGCAAUGAGUUAUGGUGGCGCGACCCUGGUCUACGCACGCUCAAUUUCUGGCUGGCAGUAUUGUUUUUGAGCCCCUUCAUGGUUGGUUUUGAUGGCAGUCUGAUUGGUGGACUGCUUGCUACCCCUCAGUUCCCCGUGCUUAUAACCGAGCUUGCUCGGCCGAGACAAAGAGGAACUGUUGGUUCUCUCUUUGGCAGCUUCUUCUUUCUUGGCGCCAUUGUUUCUGCAUGGACUAAUUUUGGCACUCUGCAUAUCUUGUCAAGCUGGAGUUGGCGGAUUCCUACCCUGAUGCAGAUCCUGCCUGCCGUCAUCCAAGCAUCCCUGAUCGUGUUUGUACCAGAAUCACCUCGCUGGCUUGUCAAGAUGGGGCGAAAUGCAGAGGCCAAAAACUUCUUCGUCACAUACCAUGCUAAUGGCAUAGAAGAUGGCGAGCUGGCUCUUCUCGAGUACACCGAAGUCUGCCAAAUGAUCCAUGGCGAGGCAUCUGAACAAACGGCUGGCUGGCUGGAUUACAUACGUACGGGGCCCAACCGUAAGCGACUCUUCAUUACUCUCAUGGUUGCCUUGUUCGCACAGUGUUCAGGCAAUGGAAUCGUCAGCUAUUACUUCGUCCUGGUGCUUCAAAGUGCUGGCAUCAACGGCGGUCUUCAGAUCUUCAACUGGUUGAUGGUUAUUUUGGCUUCCCUCUUUGUGGACAAAGUCGGCCGACGCAAGCUCUUCCUUGGAUCAAGCGUUGCUAUGCUCGUGACCUUGAUUGCAGUCGCAAUCUGUAAUGAGCGAUUUCUUGCUACCGGCAACAUAUCUGCUGGCUACUGUAUGAUUCCCUUCCCCUUCCUCUUCAAUGGAGCAUACGACUUUACGUACUCCCCUUUGCCAACCCUCUACACGGCCGAGAUCCACCCUUUCGACUUGCGUGCAAAGGGAGUAUCUAUUAGUUUUGCCUCCGCUUUUGGGUUUGGCUUAUUCAACCAAUACGUCAAUCAGAUCGCUCUUGAAGCCAUCACGUGGAAGUACUACCUUGUAUUCAUUGCUAUUGUUGCGUGCCAGCUGCCCAUAAUCUACUUCAUCUUCCCUAAAACCAAGGGCUUAACUGUUGUAGAAGUCAGGUAUCUUUUUGAAGGUGGUAGCACUGAUUCGGUUUUACAAGACCUCCGGUCCAAGGACAGAAAGCAAAGCAUGGAGUCUCUGCAUGUUGCUGAGAAUGCUUAA